UACGCUCUCAUCUUCGCUUUGCGUAAUCGUGGGAUGUUUCGGCCCGUACGCGGAGCGGAUCUAACAAAUACUCAAGGUAGCGUUUGAGUUUGGCAGGUUAUGGAUUGAAGUUUCGGGGUGUGGCAUCGUUAUUCGGCGAGUCCGCAGGACGUUGCAAAACGCGGCAGUGGCGACGCGAUGUCAGGUUAAAAUACGUUCGAGGCGCGUGCGAUAAUCGCCGAAUAUUUGCAUAUGCAAAAUUUCCUCGCCCAUACGUUGUCUUUUUUUUCUGUAACGUGGAUGCGCGAGAUCUCCGUGUUACUUCUAUAAUUUUCACGACAUGAUGUAAGUUUCAUGGGCGUAAAAAAAAGAAAAGAAUUCACAUAAAUAAUCGCUGGAAUUAUGUUUGUGACAUUUUCAAAUCGAUAUCCGCGUUGACGCGUGACCGUGCAUUCCUCAACAAUAGUUACACAAGAUAGUAAAUUAGCUAAGUCGCGCGACGAGGCAGGCCACAGUCCAUGAAAUCACGUGUAAUAAACACAACGUGGGAUGUUGAGCGCAACCACCCCCACUCAGCCCCACGAAUAUACCGAGAUGUCUCGGUUAGCCGACUACUUUGUAGUGGUCGGCUACGAUCACGAGAAAGAAAGGGGUGGUGUAAGUAGUGGGGUUAUAUUACAACGAUUCCCAGAGAAAGAUUGGCCAGAUACACCUUUCAUCGAAGGAAUAGAAUGGUUUUGUCAACCACAAGGAUGGGCCUUAUCAACAGAAAGGCAAGAGCCACGUUUUUUUGUUUCGAUAUUAACAGAUAUUGAUGCAAAUCGACAUUAUUGCGCUUGUAUGUGCUUCAAUGAAACAAUAUCGAUCGUGCCAAGCAAACCUGUAGACGAGGAAGAGGAUCCUGUAGAUGGAGAUAGUCGUCCAUUGGUCAGGGCAAUACCCGCCAUUACACAUCACAGCAUUAUGUAUGCACCCAAAUGUCUGGUGCUGGUUUCCAGACUGGAUUAUAUAGAAACAUUUAGAAACUGUCUUGGUAUUAUAUAUACGGUCUACGUGGAAAAUCUUGGUAUACCAUUAGAAACAUUAGUCGGAAACAUAUUAGGAUGUAUUCAAGUACCUCCCGCUGGUGGGCCACAAGUACGAUUCAGUAUCGGAGCAGGAGAUCGUCAGGCACUUCAACCACCAAUUAGUCCUUCUCUUCCUAUAACUCAUACUAGUGUAAAUUUAUUAUUUCAACAACUAGGUAUUCGUAAUGUGUUAGUAUUAUUUUGUGCCGUCAUGACAGAACAUAAGAUACUUUUCCAUUCUGCCAGUUAUUCUCGACUAACCGAAGGAUGUCGAGCUCUAACAGCAUUGAUGUAUCCGUUCAGAUAUUCGCACGUUUACAUUCCUCUUUUACCAGCGGCUUUAGUCGAAAUACUCAGUACUCCGACACCAUUCAUUAUGGGUGUACAUAGUUCGUUAAAACACGAAGUUGCAGAACUUAUGGAUGUAAUAGUCGCCGAUCUGGAUGGAGGUUCGUUAACAGUUCCGGAUGGUGUUUCGCUUGCUUUAUUACCAGAACCGUUACUUUCGCAGACGCAGGAUGCGUUAUCCCUGGUAUUGCAGCCAGAAUUGGCAUGCGCGGAUUAUGCGUUUCCUCCGCUCGCUACUAGAGCUCCACAUUCUCCUAUGCUCGACAAAGAACUCAGAGCAGUAUUUAUGAGAACUUUUGCUCAAUUGUUGCAAGGAUACCGAAGCUGUCUAACAUUGAUACGAAUACACCCAAAACCUGUUAUCACUUUUCACAAAGCCGCAUUCCUGGGGGAGAGAGGUUUAACCGAUUGCGAUUUUACCACGAGAGUUCUGGAUUGCAUGUUUUUUACAUCUUUUAUCGCGGAGAGAGGACCACCGUGGAGGCCUUGUGAUGUAUGGGAUGAAUUGUAUAGUAAUUUGAGCGAUCAGCUGAAGCAGGAAACACAGGAUCACAGAGUUAUCUUGACGCACAUUCAGGAAUUAGCGCAACAGUUAUACUUGAACGAAAAUCCGAAUCCUCAACCAUAUGUGCAGAAGAUCUUGAAACCACCCGAAGGCGCUUUUGCGCGGAUUCAUCAGCCUCUCUUGCCACGUAUCAAUCCGGAGCAAGUUCAAGCGAUCAUCGACGAGGGUCUUGCGAAGAAUAAUCUCAAAGUCAGAUUGUCAUCCUUGCGACCGAUUCAACCUCGCAUCGUACCCAUGGGUCCACACAUCUCGUUUGUUCAUGACACUAGACAUUUGGUUAGCAACUCGGCUCGUAGAUUGGAAGUACUGCGCAAUUGUAUCAAUUGUAUAUUCGAAAAUAAAAUCUCGGAUGCUCGUAAGACGUUCCCAGCCGUCUUGCGAGCUUUGAAAAGUAAAGCGGCUCGAUUGGCGCUUUGCAUGGAGUUGUCACAGCACGUAGUCGGAAACAAGGCUAUGCUGGAGCAUCAACAAUUCGAUCUAGUAGUACGUCUGAUGAAUUGCGCGCUGCAAGAUGACUCGUCAAUGGACGAACACGGAGUCGCUGCCGCGCUAUUGCCGCUUGCCACUGCGUUCUGUAGAAAACUAUGUACUGGUGUAAUUCAAUUUGCAUACACCUGCAUCCAAGAACAUCCGGUAUGGCAAAAUCAACAGUUUUGGGAAGAUGCGUUUUAUCUGGAUGUGCAGAAAGAUAUCAAACGCCUGUAUCUUCCGGGUGACAAUUCACCACCCAGGCUGAUUAAUGAUGGUAUUCUAAGUCCUAUUAGUCCUCGGGACGGUAAAGAGUUUCCGUAUCGCGAUCGAUAUUCUAUCUAUCAAGCUCAAGAACCGUCAGCGUUGGAGAUAGCUGCGGAUCAGAUGCGGAUCUGGCCAUCUAUCGAUUCUGAGAAGCAAAAAGAACUUGUGAAUAGUGAGGAGAGUACUAUGUACAGCCAGGCUAUUCAUUAUGCCAAUAGAAUGGUUUAUUUAUUAGUGCCGUUAGACAUUGGCUCAAAGACCCAUCGUCAGGAUCACAUCUAUGACGAGGAACGUGCCAGUAACAGCAUCACAAAUAGCGUGGCAAGCGACAGCGGCGACGCCGAAUCCGGAUUUGAGGAGACCGAUCCUGGUGAGACCGGCAGCGCCGUCAUUCGAAUGGUUUCACGAUUCGUCGACCGGGUAUGCACUGAGGGCGGCGUUAGCGCUGAACAUGUACGUUGUUUACAUCAGAUGGUUCCGGGAGUCGUUCACAUGCACAUCGAGACGCUCGAAGCGGUCCAUAGAGAAAGCAAAAGACUGCCACCGAUACAAAAGCCGAAGAUCCUGACACCGAACAUGUUACCUGGCGAAGAGGUGAUAAUGGACGGCUUGCGCGUUUACUUGCUGCCAGACGGCAGAGAGGAGAGUUCCGCGGGACUACCCAAGAUACCGCCUCUCUUGCCAGCCGAAGGUGCGAUUUUCCUCACGAAUUACAGGAUAGUAUUCAAAGGUAUACCGUGCGAUCCAUUUGCCUGCGAGCAGUUGGUCGUUCGUGCUUUCCCUGUGACAUCCUUGACCAAGGAGAAGCGUGUCGCUGUGCAACACUUGGCACACUUGGAUCAGUGCCUUCAAGAAGGUCUACAGUUACGUUCCUGCACGUUUCAGUUGAUAAAAUUGGCCUUUGACGAGGAAGUCACUCCCGAAAAUAUCGAUACUCUAAGAAAAUUGGUACACAAAGCUAGAUAUCCGCCACACAUCUUCCAUCACUUUGCGUUUAACGGUCAGAUCUUAGUUACACAAACGGCACAUCACAAGGGCAAGGAGAAAAACGCUACUCUAAAGGGCUUCGCGAAAAAGACGUUGUUAAAGACUGCUCGAAAAGCUGGUUUUAAGCCAAAGCAAUCCUCCAAGCGGCAAAAGUAUGUGCUGCCGAAUAUGAAUCUCAUCAAUAGUAAUAAUAAGUACAUGACGUCGCCCGGCCGAAUGAGCCUGCCGAUGACCGAUAGCAACGAUCUUAGCCACGACGAUGAUCUCAGUGUAGACGACUUUGAGAUACCCGGUGUGGUAACGCAACCACCGACUGAUGCCAAAACUCUCGAACGUUUAUCUGAACGUAGUUACGUCAGGGACUGGUAUCGAUUGGGUCUCUAUUCGAACGGACCGCAUAACAAUCGUCGCAAUGAACCUUUCCGACUAACCUCGGUGAACUGUGCCUACAUGAUUUGCCGAAGUUAUCCCGCGCUUCUGAUUGUACCCACUUCCGUGUCGGAUGAAAGCAUUCGUCGAUUCUGUAGGCUUCAUCGGCACAGUAGAAUGCCGGUUGUCACUUGGAGACAUCCGCGGACAAAAGCAUUACUAAUUAGAGGUGCGGGUUACCAUGGGAAAGGUGUAAUGGGUAUGCUGAAGGCUCAUCCAACUUCCGGCAGUAAUCUGAAGACCACAUCUUCGGAAACCACCUCUUCUUUGGAACAGGAAAAAUAUAUGAUGGCGCUCGUUGCUGCGACUCCGCUCUCCGUACUGCGGCAGGGUUCUGCCUGGGGCAUGUCCGACAGCUCUCUAAGUAUAGACUCAUUAUUAUUGGCAGCGGAAGAUCGUAACGCUACCCCCGAACAAUCGCGCCGUAAUCCAUUCAACAAACCCCUCGGCACUCUCAGUUCAUCCGGUGGCAAAGGUCCCAAAAAUUUCGGACGAUGGGGUUCUUUGAAGGAUAAAAGACACAAUUCGCAAGCUUCUUUAACUUCCGUUCAUCACCAACGCGGAACCGUCAGGCAUUCCGCGGAUUCUGACAGCGGCACAGAAUGCGUUCACACUUUUCAACGCGCCGCUCUUUACAUCUUAGGUGAAAAGGCACAUAUGAAAGGCGUCAAGGCAGAAUCCACCCCUAAGACAGAUUUUAUUCCGGUAGAAUAUUAUGAUGUGAGGCAUACGAAAGCCGCAUUUAAAAAGCUGAUGCGAGCAUGCGUGCCUAGCUCGCCGAAUGUGGAGCCCGAUCAAAGUUUCUACAGACUCAUCGAAAGCUCGGAAUGGUUGCAACAAUUGCAGAGCUUGAUGCAACUAGCGGGAGCAGUUAUAGAUCUCAUGGACAUGCAGGGAUCGUCGGUUGCUGUCUGUCUGGAGGAUGGUUGGGACACUACAACGACCGUUUGUUCUGUAGCACAAGUGUGUCUUGAUCCCCAUUACCGAACAAUUGAUGGCUUCAGGACUUUAAUCGAGAAGGAGUGGCUUGGAUUCGGACAUAGAUUUGGUCACAGGAGCAAUCUCGCCGCGAAUUCGCAAACGACCAAUUUUACACCUACGUUCCUACAAUUUCUCGACAUAGUGCAUCAAAUACAAAAACAAUUUCCCUUGGCCUUCGAGUUCAACGAGUACUACUUGAAGUUUUUAGCUUAUCACUCGGUGUCCUGCCGCUUUCGUACAUUUCUGUUGGAUUGUGAGUUUGACCGAGUAGAGUGUGGUAUCACCGCCAUUGAAGAUAAAAGAGGUUCCUUGACGAGUCAUCACAAGGGCGUGGACACUGGUAGCGAUGAUGAUACGAUCUAUCCUGGUGGUAGACUAGCGGGAACAAAUACUGGUUGCAAUCUCGGCCAAAGUAUAUUUGAUUACAUAGAGAAGCAACAUACAAGAUGUCCAUUGUUUUAUAACUUUAUGUAUACACCGAACACGGAGAAUCCUGUUCUGCGGCCAGUCUCACAUUUGCCGAGUCUGGACAUCUGGCAGUUCUAUCUGGAAGAAGAACUGGCGCAUGGUCCAGCGUACGAUCUCGAAGUGCUGCAGCAGGAUUCCCAGCAAGAGGAAGAGGCCGAGGCUGCGGAUGGCGUGGUUAAGAGCAAUCGUAAAGUGGUCACUCAGGGAUACGACGGAGUCAGUUCAAUGGUGCCCGAUCAAUUUUCGCAUCUCUUAGAGGAAAUUCAUAAGUUGGAGACCGAAUUAGGACAUCUACCGCAAAAAUGGAAAGUACUGUGGGAUAAACUCGAAUUGCCAAACACUGAUUCGCUUGCCCGACAUGCAUCGUUCAGCACAGCACUUGUGCGAUACCAUGGUCGAUUAAUUCAUAAGCGCUCUACUUUAGAAUUAUUAUUGCGCGGUAAACUUGCCGGUGGAAAUACAACCGGAACGGAAGGUUCUGUAUACGCGCAUCCGCAUAGAUUCGAACGAUUGGAUUCUGCGACACCAACUCACUGUGAUGCGUGUUCGGGUGUGUUAUGGGGUCCCGUGAAGGCUGGUUUAAGAUGCAUCGAUUGUGGUCAUGUAUGCCAUGACAAAUGCGCGGAUGCUGUGCCAAAAAAUUGCACUAAAUAUAAAGCUGUGACGGAUAACCUUCAGACUCACACACUUACGAGAAGUGGUGGCGAUAAUGGAAGCGUGAACUCGAGUGUGACGACUAUACAAACUUCCUCCCAGCAAUAUUAUGAACAAUUCUCGAGUAAUGUAGCGGAAAAUAGGACGCACGAAGGCUAUCUGUAUAAACGAGGAGCUCUAUUAAAGGGCUGGAAACAAAGAUGGUUCGUAUUGGAUUCUAUAAAACAUCAACUGAGAUAUUAUGAUGCAGUGGAAGAUUCACACUGUAAAGGAUACAUAGAUUUGGCCGAAGUGGUAUCUGUUACUCCAGCUGCGCCAAUGCCCGGACCACCAAAGAAAACGGAUGAUAAAUCCUUCUUUGAUCUUCGUACAAACAGGCGAACAUACAACUUUUGUGCUGCCGACGCAGUCACGGCACAGGAAUGGAUUGAAAAAGUUCAAGCGUGCUUACAAUAAUGUGAUAACGUUUGAUUAUAGUACUAAUUUCAAAUUCUGGAUGUGACUGAUAUAGAGAGUAAAACACAGAUUUUAAUUUUGUUACAUAAUCUUGUAUAGUCUAAUUGUAUGCAUCAUAGACUGCAUUAAUCUUGCUUUAAGUAUUUUAAAACGCAAACUCUUGUUGGACUGAAAAAGAGUAUCAUAAAUUAAAUGUGAUACAUCCAUAUCCUCAAUAUAGGAUUAGUAUGUGAAUAUAAUGUAUAUUUUUUCGUGAUUAUAUUGUUAUGUUAGAUAGUUAUGUAUUCAUCCAGCUGGAAGAUGAGAGGUUGCUAUAUAAUGCGUCGCGCCUAAAAUUUUUUUAUUUUGUUUAAUAUAUUUUUUAAUGUUAAAUUAUGAUGGAUUACAUGAAACAAAAUAGCUUUAUAUAAUAAAUUGUACAAGAAUCCAUUGAAAUAUAUACAGCAUGUCUCAUGAUUACUACAAUUUCUGUUAAUUGUAAAUUCUUGAAGCAAAGAAUUUUUGCUUAAUAAAAGUAUUAUUGAUUAAUGGCU